AAGAACGUUAUCUUCUUUAUUGAAAAAAUGUAUGAAUAAAGAUGGAACUAAGGCUAUCAAAAAAGAUGAACAAAUAAUAAAAGAAAGAAGGAAACGAAGAAAACGAAAGAGAAUUUUAUGGUGCAAUUAACUAAGAUAAUAAAUUCAAUGAAAAGAUGACUGAGCCUUAUUUAAACAUUUCAAAUGCAACCAACUUAACUUACUUGGAGUGUUUCAACUGUUCAGAUGGAAGUUCCUAUAUCGAAGAUUUGGAACGGUCUAUUUCAAUAUCCGUUUUCAUACUUUUCGGAAUUAUUUUUAUAGCCGGAUUAAUUGGUAAUGGAUUGGUGGUACUUGUUGUUGCUGCUAAUCCAUUGAUGCGAUCUACAACAAAUAUAUUAAUAAUAAAUUUAGCGGCAGCUGACCUUUUUUUUGUGAUAUUUUGUAUUCCAUUUACGGCAACGGAUUAUAUUCUUAAUUCUUGGCCUUUCGGUGAUUUUUUGUGUUCAUUUGUUCAAUAUAUGAUAGCUGUUACGUGCCAUGCAAGCGUUUAUACACUUGUUUUCAUGUCUGUUGAUCGAUACAUAGCGAUUGUUCAUCCGAUAUCUGGCAUAUCGAUACGUACUGAAAAAAAUGCGACUCUUGCAAUAGGUGUCGCAUGGUUGUUCAUAUGUUCAUCGUGUAUACCAGUUGGGCUUUCGCACGGUCUUGUUACUUAUGGAGAAGAAUAUGAAUAUGUGGAAAUCAAAUGUAUCUUUCUAACACAAUACAACCAUUCUGUUUUCCAAAUAUCAUUCUUUUUAUCAUCAUACGUUGUUCCAUUGACUUUAAUAUCAGUGCUAUAUGUAUGUAUGUUGGCAAGCUUAUGGAAAGGUACCGGUACAAGAAUUUCCGCUGAGUCAAGAAGAGGGAAGAAGCGUGUGACAAGAAUGAUUGUUGCUGUUGUCCUGGCGUUUGCAAUUUGCUGGCUUCCAAUACACAUCAUUUUAGUGCUCAAAUCUCUUGAUGCCUAUCAUCAGACUACAAUGCUUGUAGCAUUUCAAAUUAUUUCCCAUGUUCUCGCAUACACCAACUCGUGCAUAAAUCCUAUUUUGUAUUGUUUUCUCUCAGAAAACUUUCGAAAAGCGUUUAGAAAGGUCGUCAAUUGUGGAUCACAACACAAUUUUCAAACGCAAGUCACAACUAAAAUUGUUACAAGAAAUGACGAUGGACACAAAAAUAUAUUAUAAAGACAAAACGUGCAUAUAAAAUUAGUAAAUAUCUGUUUAUGGAAUAUGCUUACUAGAAGUUUAUGUCUCAGAAUUACGAAUACUAUUUGAUAUGAUAAGAAAAAUCAGAAAAAUUAACUUUUUGAAAAAUAAAUUCAAAAGGAAAGCAAUUUUUGG